GCUCCGGAGCAAAGGGGAGUAUCCCGAGGAGAAGAGGAGAGAGAGGACAGGAGAGAGGGAUAAAUAGCAGAAGAGAGGAGAGAAGAAGGGACACUCGGGCUGCUGCAACCGGGGAUACCUGCAUCACACAUCAAGAUAAGGCGGGAGUUAAAUCUCAAUUAGAUGACAGUCUAAUUAACGGUGCUGGUGACUGCGCCAAAACGCGCACUCAGUGAGGAUUUUCUCCGUCCGCACGUCCAACUUUUUUCUUUUUCCCCCCCUGGCUUCACUGGCUGACCCUCGCUCGCUUGCUCGUACCGAGGCUAUCUCUGCUCAUCACCUGGACCUCGGAUCUUUGGAUCUCCCUGUGUGCUGUGAAACCGGAUCGGGUGUCUUAUCUGUGAUGGGGGCAGCGGCGGAGGUUGGGAGCUUCGCCAACGGAUUUCUGGACAGCUUUGGCCCCGCGGGUGCCGCUCCGGCUCACGUUGGCUCUCAUUUCGUUCUCACCCCAGCCGGUGCGGUGGACUACAACUCGGUAACCGGAUUGAUGAUGGGGGGACAGGGGCAACAGCAGGAGCACCUGGUGUCCGCGGAGAGGCUGUCCCGGAGCUUGGCGGAUCUCAGCCAUCUGAAGGGGAUUCUGAGGCGGAGGCAGCUCUAUUGCAGGACCGGCUUCCACCUGGAGAUCCGUCCUGACGGCACCGUGCAGGGCACCAGGAAGGACCACAGCAGAUUCGGUAUUUUGGAGUUCAUCAGUCUGGCUGUGGGACUGGUUAGCAUCAGAGGAGUGGACAGUGGUCUCUACCUCGCCAUGAACAGCAAGGGAGAACUGUACGGCUCGGAGAAGCUGUCUGCGGAAAGCGUUUUUAGGGAGCAGUUUGAAGAAAACUGGUACAACACAUACUCAUCCAACAUCUACCGGCAUGGAGAAAAGGGUGCAUUUUACUUUGUUGCCUUGAAUAAAGACGGGACGUCCCGGGACGGAACAAGGUCGAGGCGACAUCAGAGAUUCACUCACUUCCUACCGAGGCCCGUAGACCCGGAGAGAGUACCAGAGCUGUACAGGGACAUACUGGGCCAGAGCUGAGACUGAGGAUGUGAAACUACUACAGUCUGAGCUGAAAAGAAACGCAAGUGUACCUAAUCCUAACCCCCUUGUUGAGGGAGAUGGGAAAUCUUGUUGGUCUGAGCAAAACAGGAUCAUAAGAAGUGCACAAAAUCAAAACUUCUUACCAUGGAGGAAGGACAGAGACUCUCUGAAGCCAACUACCCAGGAAGUUUGACUGAACAACACCGGGGAUCAUCUGUGGAAGAUGUGAAAGGCCCUGUGACAGAAAGGCUACAUAGGCCCCUAAUAUAGCCUUAUAUUGGCCUAUGCAGAGGCCCAGGUGGCCAAACAGAUUUACGGAUUUUGAGUUUCCACUAAUUAAAUACAACUACCUGCUACUCCAAACUGCAUGUUAAAGGGGACAAAAGUGUGGGAACUAAUAAGUGAGAUUAACAACUGGCUGCUAGUAGCUUGUCUUGUCAAUUCCACUGUUAUCAGUAGGCCUUUUAAUUUUAUUCAAAACACUACUGUGGCUGCUAAGUAAACGAUUAAUUAAAAAUGCAUUAUCCACUAUACAGUGUGGCUGGUUUACACAAAAAAAGUAGUUUUAUGCACUGGAAAGCAGCCACGUCUGUUCUGGGAAAUGGGUGUGAGAGCCAGAGGAAUCACCUGUAUCGGACUGACUGUUGUGAUAGGAUGAAUGGAUUCCCUUUGAAACUGCUCCAAAGACAGAUGCUGCUCAGAAAAAAAAAAACAUGACUUUUCUACAAAGUGCAUGAGGAACAAGAGAAGAAGUACACAUCCAGUGGAGUUUUAUAUAAGGACUUCUUCUGUGGUGUCCUGCGACGGUUCUGUUGGAGACCCAGUGAAGGAAUUCUGUUGUUCUCCCACUGACCGAGCACGGGACAGACAGAGACGCCUUUACAAACCUGUUGACAGAUUUUAUUCUUAUUUAUGAGUUUUUGUUUCCUAGGACAGACAGUAUAUUUAUUUCAUAUAUUUAUUUAUUUUGAGAAUAUAUUUUUACAGGUAUGAGAUAAAAUAAAAAAAAUAUUCAGAACAAGUCAUGAGAGGUUUUU